UACAUACAAGAGAAAAAAUAGCAGCCUUUAUUACUACCUUAUUUUGUAGUCAUGCUUCAUUUUCUCACAUACCCAAUUUAAUCAAACAAUCUUCCCUCCCAAGCUUUUGAUUUUACCACUCUUUCCCAAAACUCAAAAACCCUAGAUUCUCUUUUCCCAAUCAAUUCUUUCUAUCAGUUCUUCACUCCAAAGACACUCAAAUUUUCCCCAAUUCUUUUUCUGUUUUACAUCACCAACUGAUUUUGCUGUUUUCAUAUUUUGCAAAUCCCUAAUUUCUUUACGCAGGUGUUCAAAAAAUCACCACCUUCCGCUCUUUGAUCACGAAUGGGUAUGAUAUGACCAAAUUCGACUCUUCCAAAAAUGUUGCAGAAGCAACAAUGUCAGACGACAUGCUUGUUCAUUUUGCGUCGAAUUCUUCUAACCAAUCGGAUCAGUCUCUGCCUACAAAGAUUGCUAAGUUGGAAGCUCGAAUGGUGGGAAAAGCUUCCUCCACUGCUUCCCAGCAACAAGGUUGGCCUUCUGUUUCUUCUGCUGGGAAAUUCAGUGGAGCAGCUGAAGAAAUGGUGGAACCUUCUUCUACUUCAAGUGAUUCUGAUGAUGAUAAUGGUGGGGAAUUCUUGAUUCAAGCCAACACACGAAAGCGGCUGAAAAUUCAAGAUGAUGUUAACGCUGAUGUUUUUGAACGUGUUGAGGCUGUUACUGAUGGAAGACAAACUAGUUUGGAGGCUGUGGAGACGAAGAAUAAUGUUGAUGCAAAUAGAAAGAAAUCUGGCCGUGGAAGAGGGAGUUCUGGUUCAGGUAGGGGCCGUGGUUCCAAAUCUAAUGAUCAGACCAAAACACAAAAUUCUCUUCCGGCUUCAGAUGUAUCUCAUAAAGAUGGUAGAGUCAAAGAUCAGCUUCACAUUGAUAAUAGUGCUUCAUUAAAGGAGGAGAUUGCAUCUUUACGUGCUAAAGUUGCUGUGUUGGAGGAAGACUUGCGUAAAGCGAAGCAAGAAACCUCUGAGCAUAAGAACCUUUGUCCACAGAUUGAAAAGGAACUGCGGGAACUCAAGGAUCUUGAACAGCAAAUGAAGCCUAAGAGAACAAAAAUAAUAUCUGAUUUGUUGAUAUCAGUUUCAAAAGCUGAGAGACAAGAAGCAAGGCUAAAAGUACGACAAGACUCAUUGAGGCUUGGAAAUGUUGGCGUAUCCAGAGCUGGAACUGUCUUAACUGAGACAUGGGAAGAUGGUCAGGAGUUAAAGGAUCUAAUUGCUCAGCUUAAACAACUAACAGACAAAAGGGAGGCAAUUGAGCGGCAGCGCAAGUUAUUUAAGAAAAAAUUAUCUGAUAAGGGUGAUGGAAUAGAUGCAGAUGCUGCAUUGCUGGAAGAUGUUCUCAUUCAGGAUGAAAUAUAUAAGGCUCGACUAGCCAACAUUAAACGAGAAGAAGAAACUAUCUUGCGAGCGAAGGAACGCUACGAUCUAGAGAAGGGACGACUAGUUCGUGAAAUGAAACGCAUACGGGAUGAAGAUGGUUCACGGUUCAACAGCUUUCAGAUUCUAAACCAUCGUUAUGCCCUUUUAAACCUUCUUGGAAAGGGAGGAUUCAGCGAGGUGUACAAGGCUUUUGACUUGGUGGAUCAUAGAUAUGUUGCUUGCAAACUUCAUGGUUUAAAUGCUGGAUGGAGUGAAGAGAAGAAGCAAAGUUACAUAAGGCAUGCAAUUCGAGAGUAUAAUAUUCACAAGACCUUGGUCCAUCCUCACAUUGUUCGCUUAUGGGACAUCUUUGAGAUUGAUCAUAAUACAUUUUGCACUGUUCUAGAGUAUUGUAGUGGGAAAGAUCUCGACGCUGUUCUUAAAACAACAUCUUCAUUGCCCGAGAAGGAGGCUAGGGUCAUUUUAGUUCAGAUUUUCCAAGGCCUUACAUACAUGAAUAAAAGAACACAGAAAAUUAUCCAUUAUGAUUUAAAGCCUGGGAAUGUUUUGUUUGAUGAGCUUGGUAGUGCCAAAGUAACUGACUUUGGUCUUAGCAAGAUUGUGGAGAAUGAUGUGGGAUCUCAGGGUAUGGAACUUACAUCCCAGGGGGCUGGGACAUAUUGGUAUUUGCCUCCUGAAUGCUUUGAGCUCAACAAGACACCUCUUAUAUCAUCCAAGGUUGAUGUAUGGUCUGCUGGUGUUUUGUUUUAUCAAAUGCUCUUUGGUAAACGACCUUUCGGACAUGACCAAACACAGGAGAAAAUACUUCGUGAAGACACAAUUAUUAAUGCACGCAAGGUUGAAUUUCCCUCAAAACCUACUGUUUCUAAUGAGGCAAAGGAUUUCAUUCGGCGAUGUCUUACGUAUAAUCAGAAUGAGAGACCGGAUGUAUUAACUAUUGCUCAAGAUCCAUAUCUCACUUACUCAAAGAAACAGUGAUGUUCAUUAACAUGGCUUUGUUAAGCUCACCUCUCCAAAAAGGCAUAUGCGGGUCUCUUCUUCUAACUUCAGUCAUAAAAUAUUUGUCAGAAACUGUGUAGAUUGUAAAGAUUUUUCAAUCUUGAAUGAGUCAGAGAAAAGAUAUUUCCUCUGAAAUGAAGUCUUGUUGUCUUCAUUCAUUUAUCAUUUGAUUCAAAGUAUUGGAUUAGCAAAAGGCAAGUUGGGUUUACUUGUCCUUAAAAGAGUCAUGAUGUAUAGGUAGGUAAGAAGGUUUUCUUGGUUUUUUAAAUAAUUUUCUUGCCACCAAAUUAUAGGAUUUUAAUGCAUAUUGAUUGGCUACUUUUUCUUUUAAUUUGUUUAGUUUUAGACAUUAUAUUGAAGAGUUUGUUUAUGUUA